AUGGCCGCGUUGGUUCAAACGAUCCCGCAAAGUAGUACGGUACCUGUGCUCCAGACGCGUCCUUCCUCGUCUUCCGGCACUUUCAGCGCCCCCCAAAACCAGGCCUCGCACAUUCAGAUGGCUCCUUACGCCUACAAUCCGAACCUGAGUCAAUCUUCCCAAAACCGCCAGUCGUGGUCUCCUCAUCUCCGCCCAGAACACCGCACCUUUUCCGCCCCUACCGCUCCCCAACUUCCCGGGAAUCCGGCAUACGCUGCCACCCCCCGAAACCCCCAUACUGCAGCUGGUUCUGUAUCGAAUUCUUCUUCCUCCAAUUCUUCCUUCCGUUCCCAUGUUUCCAAGGACGAUAGUGCACUUCCCUCGAGGCAACCGAGGAGCGAUCAGCCGCUCCGCCCCCUAUCUACCGCCAACCUUCCUCCUCCUUCCGUUAUGAACAUAAACUCCCCCAAGCCCUCUCCAAACCGUUAUCGACGUGGCAAUCAACGGGCGGAAGCCGCAGCAUCGGCUGCAACCCCUGCUCCAGUUCCGACCGUGGUGGUCGAUGAUCACAGCACUCCAACAGUGCCUCGACCGAGCAUGCACAAUCGGGUUGCGAGUGUGGAUGAUUCGUCACAUGCGGAGAGAGCACAACCUGAGCGUUAUCGGCGCCGAAGCGUGGGCAACAUAGACUCCUCCGCGUAUCCCAAUCUGCAACUGGAUCUCCAAUCUACUCCUGCAUCCGGACCUGCAUCAGGGCCCUACGAUUUCAUUGCUUUUGACACCAACCAACGGCCUGUGUCUUCACACUCUCACCGGGACAGCCUCGGUAGUAAUCACUCGGCCCAGUCAUCGACUUCUUCGACACGUGAAGGCACCCCAGAUUCCAGCUCCGCGACGAGCAAGACCGGAAAGUCCGAUGAUAAACGAACGAUUAAGCCAUCGCCCUUGUCACAACCUGUCUCUACCGAACCCGAAACCCCCAAAACAACUGCCCAACCCGACACACGCAAAACGCCGUCUCCACUUGAUUCCCCAGCUGCAAAGCGUCUCAAUGAUUUGAAAAAUGAAUCGAAGCGCCCCGGGAAAUCACGCCUGAGACGGGCCUUCUCCUUUGGUAGUGCCUCUGAGCUUCUCAAGAACUCUGCACAAACCAACGCUGCCAAGCGAGAAGCCAUUGCGCUCGAGAAAGAACGUCGUGAAGCCUUGAAGGAGGAACUGGGACCCGAACAGGCCGCAAUUGCCGAGCAACAGGAAUUGAGUGGACUGGGUAACAGCAUCUACUCCAACCAAGGCCAUUUCUUCACUGGAUCUACCGACAACCUCUCCGUCUCAUCCACCGCCUCGUCUGCUUCCAUGAUGCUUCGCAAAAUGGGCAAGGGAAUGAAACGGUCAACUCGCUCAUUGGUUGGCAUGUUCCGACCGAAAUCAGUCGCCAGUAUCGGUUCCGUCGAGGGUCCGGCCGUUGAGACUCCACCCCCACAGAUCACCGUGGUGAACGUUGAGGCGGAGAGAGAGAGCGUCGCUGUCAACCCAGACCCCCAGGAAAUGCCCCGUGGGGGUACAGUCUUCCCCAGGGUGGAGGGUGCUUCUGAGGUCAGGCGGUCUACUUCGGUUCGGGAAAGAGCCGCAUCCGAGAACUCCCAGUCGCGUAAGAGCAUUGUGGGAGGAGACCGCGAGCGUGCGGAGAUCCUGGCAGGAAUUCGAAAGGGUAUCCUGAAGAAAACUCACUCUGACCUCGGUGUCUCGUCGCCUGCAUAUGCACUUAACGGUGGUGACUCACCGCACUCCAGUGCUCCCCCGACACCCGAUGAGGCGGCGCGAUCCCCAGCUCACCAGAACGACUCCGUCAAGAUCGCUGGAGAGGAUUACUUCCUUUCGAACGCAGGACGGUUCACGUCCUCCGAGGCCAAGAGUGCGCCUAUCACCCCGCAAGCUGUUGCCGGUAGAAAUAUCGUCUUCAGCCCUCGCAUUCAGUUCCACGAAACCUGGCCUAGCGGCGAGUACGACCGACGUGGAGAGAUUGCGACCUGCAACCGUCUCACUCCCCUGCUUGCUCAGCAGAUUCGGGAGGAGAUCAACAACUUCAAAAUGGAGAUGGAAGUCCAUGAGAAUUCCAAGAUCUACACACACUUCAUUUAA